UGCUAGGAGUACAAAAUGUAAAAUAUAUUUAUCUUAAUCUUUAGCUAGCUGGCUACAAAAAUGGCUGACUCGGCUUCUCGCUAGCAGGUAGUUUACGUCCUCCAGUGAGCGCACUCUACCGUAAAUAAAACAUUAUUGUCCACAUUAUCGUUACUUACUAAUGAAUGUCGACCCGAAAAGCGGGUUUAGCAAACUAUUACCUUAACGUCAGCUGACUGGCUAUUAAUUCAAACAACUCCUAUCGUUGCGAUGAGCUAACGUUAGCUAAUAAAUAGCUUGUGUCUAUAGGCAGAACGAACUAGCAUGUUGCGUGCUAACUUUAGGACAAACAACAUGCUAGCUAGCCAUCUGUCAAGCUUGCCAAGCAACCAUCUUGACUGAAAUUGCUACAAGUCAUUCGUUCAAUUACUUUCUGUAUUUGUAAAGAUGCAGGGAAGCAAUUGCUGAACAUCCCAAAGAAACCUUCUAGAAGACUUCAUCUCCCACACAUAGGAGCUGAUAUCAUGGCAAUGGAUGCGGCUGUGAUCGGUGCCAACGGAGAGAUGAAGGUUUUCUACAACCAGAACCUCAGUCCCAGCAAAGGUGUCCUGUCCCUGGUGACAGUCCACCCACAGUCUCUCUCUGUGGGGAAACAACUGCUUCCCAAAACCCUGGGGCCCUCCAACGUCAACAUUGCCCCACACAUGGUGAUGGGUACCCCUCAGAGGCCCAGUGGGUCAGGGGGGUUAGUGAUGGGCAGCCCUCACACACCCAGUACCCAGUACAGACCACAGAGCCAACCCCCUGAUGCCUCUCCCUGGUCCACCGGGAAGCGUGGUACUGGUAAGAAGGGGGAUAAGAACGGGAAGGGUCUUAGGCAUUUCUCCAUGAAGGUGUGUGAGAAGGUGCAGAAGAAGGGAGUAACUACCUACAAUGAGGUGGCUGACGAGCUCGUGGCAGAGUUCAGCGCCAACGACACCCUCCUCUCGCCCGGCGACUCGCAUUCCUACGACCAGAAGAACAUCCGACGGCGUGUGUACGAUGCGCUCAACGUGCUCAUGGCCAUGAACAUCAUCUCUAAGGAGAAGAAAGAGAUCCGGUGGAUCGGCCUGCCCACCAACUCAGCCCAGGAGUGUCAGAGCUUGGAGGUGGAGAGACAGAAACGACUAGAGAGGAUCAACCAGAAACAGUCUCAGCUUCAGGAGCUCAUUCUACAGCAAAUAGCGUUCAAGCGCCUGGUGCAGCGGAAUCGUGCAGCGGAGCAGCAAGCGGGCAGGGCUCCACCCCCAAACUCUGUCAUCAACCUGCCCUUCAUCAUCAUCAACACCUCCAAGAGGACCAUCAUCGACUGCAGCAUCUCCAAUGACAAGUUUGAGUACCUGUUCAACUUUGACAACAUGUUUGAGAUCCAUGAUGACAUUGAGGUGUUGAAGAGAAUGGGGCUGGCCUGUGGUCUGGAGGUGGGCCAGUGUUCACCAGAGGACCUGAAGGAGGCUCGCGCCCUGGUGCCCAGAGCCCUGGAGCCCUAUGUUACAGAAAUGGCCACGGGUCCAAUAAGCAACGUCUACAUCACAGGAGCCUCGUCUAGGAACGGAGGAGGACGCCGCCACACAAGUAGCUCCGAUGGCACGGUGGCGUCCAUUUCCAACGACUCACACUACAGCGCCUCGCGAGGCCACACCCCCGUGUCCUGCAUGGCAGACGAGGAAGAGGAUGACGAAGACUACGACGACAAUGAUUAAAUCAGUAGUUUCUCACUCUACCAUCUCUUAACAGCCCAGUCUGAUGACUAACCAGCUGUGUUCCAAAUGGCUUCCUAUACCCAAUAUGCUGAACUACUGUUGACCACGGCCAUAUUGGCACAGAGGUAGUGCACUGUGUAGGGAGUAGUGCCAUUUGGAAUGCAUACAGCCCAGGUCCCAUGAACAAGUCUCUCUCCCUUCCUCCAGCUCCAUCUCAGGCCUUCCCCCCCUCCAUCUCAGGCCUUCCCUCCCUCCAGCUCCAUCUCAGGCCUUCCCCCCCCCUCCAGCUCCAUCUCAGGCCUUCCCCCCCCCCCCUCCAGCUCCAUCUCAGGCCUUCCCCCCCUCCAGCUCCAUCUCAGGCC